AUGGUCAUAUUGAACACGCGUAACAUCCGGGUGGUUGUUUCGGCCAUUAUUUUAUUUGUACUUGUUGUCUUUUUAUUCUCAUCUAAGAACUCGGUCGGCGAAGGAUUACUGAAUCGAUUGAAGGUUCCAACUGACAGUGGUAUUAAUGCUCCUGUGAUCCCUGCUACCAACAAACCCCCAACCUUCGACUCUGGUGUUGGCGAAUCCGCUCCUGCUGCGGAUGCCGGCGAAAAGAAGCCUCCGGUAGAAGCUGGAAAGCAGCCUCAAGCUGAUACCAAGCUCCAGUCCGAAAAGAAACCUGAGGUCGAAAAGAAACCUCAAGCGGAAAAGAUAUCAGACAGUUCCAGUAUUGAAAAGAUUCAAGGCGGAGGUAAGGGUUCAGCAGCAGCCUCAUCUGGUAAGUGUGACAAGAAGGAAUACGUGGUUAUGAUUGAUGCUGGUUCCACUGGCUCAAGAGUCCAUGUGUACACGUUCAAUACUUGUAUGUCGCCACCACAAUUGUUGCAUGAAGAGUUCAAGAUGUUGAAGCCCGGCUUGUCUUCUUUUGAUACCGACACCGUUGGAGCCGCCAAGUCGCUCGACCCACUUUUGCAAGUUGCUUUGGACACUGUCCCCAAGGAUAAACAAGGAUGCACCCCCGUGGCAGUUAAGGCCACUGCUGGUCUUCGUUUGUUGGGUCAAGAGAAAUCUGAUGCUAUUUUGAAGGAAGUCAGACAUCACUUGGAAGUUGACUAUCCAUUUGCUGUGGUGGAAGGUAAUGGUAUUUCCAUCAUGGAUGGUGCGGAUGAAGGUGUCUACGCCUGGAUCACUACUAACUACUUAUUGGGGAACAUUGGAGGCAACGAUAAGCUUCCUACUGCCGCCGUUUUUGAUUUGGGUGGAGGUUCCACCCAAAUUGUGUUUGAACCCGAUUUCCCUAACGAUGCUGAAAUGGUGGAUGGCGAAUUCAAAUACAAGUUUUCCUUUGGGAACCGUGAUUUUACCUUGUACCAGUAUUCUCACUUGGGUUACGGGUUGAUGCAAGGUAGAAAUAAGAUCAACAGUGAAAUCAUCAAGUCUCAUAUUAAGAACAGUGAAGGAUCCAGUCUUGUUAAGUUGACGUCCAAGAAGGAAGCUAAGGAUGCCAAGUCUUCUAUUACCAUCAAGAACCCAUGCAUCCCACCAGGUUCCAAGGCUGAGAACGUUCUUGUUGAACUUGGUAAAGAUGAGAUGUAUGUGGUUACAUUCCAGGGUCCCUCCCUUGACGAAUCUGGAAGUUCCGGUUCUGCUUGUCGUAGACUUGCUGAAGGGAUCUUGAACAAAGAUGCUACUUGUGAAACCAAACCAUGUUCUUUCAACGGUGUUCAUCAACCAUCUUUAACUAGAACCUUCCACAAGACCAGCGACAUGUAUGUGUUUUCAUAUUUCUACGAUAGAACGAAUCCUUUGGGGUUCCCCUCCUCCUUCACCAUGGAAGAAUUGCUUGAAUUGUCCAGGUUGGUUUGUAGAGGUGAAAAAUUAUGGAAGGAUGUGUUAUUGGAUGAUCACAUUAAAGAGUUGGUGGAAGAGCCUCAAUGGUGUACAGAUUUGAGUUUCAUUAGCGCCAUGUUACAUGUCGGAUACGAUAUUCCUUUAGGUAGAGAGUUGAGGACGGCAAAGACCAUUGAUAACAAUGAAUUGGGUUGGUGUUUGGGUGCUUCCUUGCCUUUGUUGGACAAAAAGACUUGGAAAUGUCGUGUCAAGAAGGUUGAAUAA